CAUAUUGUUCAUUAUAUCUUCACGGUAAAUCGUUUAAAGUCAUCUAGGUCACUCGUCAUCUUGUUUGAGUGAUACAAAAGGCGGUUCGCACGAGGAUGAAGUUAGAAGUGUGUUCCUACAGUGGCUUCAAGGUUUAUCCGGGUCAUGGUAAAAGAGUUAUCCGUACAGAUGGUCGCAGUUUCUAUUUCAUUAAUGGAAAAUGCGAACGCUCUCACUAUCUCAAGCGUAAUCCUCGAGAAAUAAACUGGACAAUACUCUAUCGGCGUAAGUACAAAAAAGGAAUAAGCGAGGAACAGGCCAAAAAGCGAACAAAGCGUGUGACUAAAAGUGCCCGUGGCAUUGCUGGUGCAAGUCUGGCCGAAAUAAUGGCUAAGCGAAACCAGAAACCUGAGGUUCGUAAAGCGAUGCGUGAUCAAGCUAUACGUGCAGCUAAAGAAAAGCAAAAGCAGAAAGAAGUUGAAAAGAAAGUUAAGAAGGUUGAGAAGAAGAAACCUGCAGUACCAGCAGCCGCUAAACAAAAGGCCACAAAGAUCACUCAAAAAGCAGCUCCUCGCGUUGGUGGCAAGCGAUAAAUGGCGUGUACAUGGUUAUUCGAUUCACUGAUAAAUCGAUUUUGAAUAAACGUUUUCUUUUGCUAUCAAAGUAUUCAGUGUUACAGGUGUCACUG